AUGGCUAUGAUUCUUUCCCAUAAAAAAUGGCUUCUCACGAGUGUUCUUGUUCUUUGCAUUGUUCUACAUUUGAGUGCAAUUGUUCUUGGUGAUCAAAAGCUUGACAAAGAUAGGUUUGGAGACGAUGAUGAUUGUAGGUUUGGAAGAUGUAGGGGUGAUGGGUUUGGUCCUGGAGGGAGGUUUGGUGGUCGACGUGGUGGUUUUGGAAGAGAAAGAGGAGGUGGGUUUGGUGGUGGUGCAGGCGGGGGCUUUGGAGGUGGUGGUGGUCCUAGAGGAGGUCUUGGGGGUGGCGGGGGAUUUGGUGGUGGAGGAGGAGGCGGCAUUGGAGGUGGGGCAGGUCAUGGUGGAGGUUUUGGUGCUGGGGGAGGUGUAGGUGGAGGAGGGCUUGGUGGUGGGGGUGGAGGAGGAGCUGGUGGUGGUGGUGGAGGGGGCUUAGGUGGUGGUUCCGGACAAGGUGGAGGCUUUGGAGCUGGGGGUGGUGUUGGUGGAGGCGCAGGAGGGAUAGGCGGUGGAGCUGGUGGAGGAGGAGGUGGUGGUGGUGGUUUGGGUGGGGGGUCAGGCCAUGGUGGUGGCUUUGGUGCUGGCGGUGGUGUAGGAAGUGGAGCAGGUGGAGGACUUGGUGGAGGUGGAGGAGGUGGUGGUGGAGCUGGUGGAGGUGGAGGAAUAGGUGGAGGUUCCGGUCAUGGUGGAGGCUUUGGUGCUGGUGGUGGAGUUGGUGGAGGAAUCGGUGGUGGAGGAGGAGCAGGAGGCGGUGGAGGUGGAGGAGUAGGUGGAGGAUCCGGUCAUGGUGGAGGCUUUGGUGCUGGUGGUGGAGUAGGAAGUGGAGUUGGUGGAGGUGUUGGUGGUGGUGGUGGAGGAGGAGGAGGAGGUGGCGGAGGUGGAGGAGUAGGUGGAGGUUCUGGUCACGGCGGAGGCUUUGGUGCUGGUGGUGGAGUAGGAAGUGGAGUUGGUGGAGGAAUCGGUGGUGGUGGUGGUGGUGGGGGAGGAGGUGGUGGUGGAGGUGGAGGAGUAGGUGGAGGUUCCGGUCAUGGAGGAGGCUUUGGUGCAGGAGGUGGCGUAGGAAGUGGUGGUGGUUUGGGUGCAGGUGGCGGUGGAGGUCGCGGCGGAGGAGUUGGUGUGGGAAUUGGCAUUGGCAUUGGAGUUGGCGUUGGAAGUGGAGCUGGUGCUGGCCAAGGAGUGGGAGUUGGUUCUGGCAGCGGUGGAGGAGGCAGUGGAAGUAAACACUAA